AUGCAAUCAGAGCCUACUGCCGUAUCUCAACAUACACCCUCCGUUGACUCAUCCCAAUCUAGCCCCCACCCCAUCCAACAUGGAAAUGACUUCGAUGCUGCUCCAGUCUCUGGCCUCCUUCAUCCAGAGGAGACUGGAGACUGUUCAGCACGGGCAUCUCUCACACCGGGAACCAGCGAUGCGCUCCUGAGCGAUCUGAGCGAUAUAGACUCUGCCCCGCCCUCCUCAACUGCCCAGCGAGUCAGCGAGUAUGAGAAUGCCGGAACUCCAAGCAAGAAGCGAAGUGACCCGGAAUUUCAAGUCUCACCAUCCAUGGGCCCCUCAAAUCUGCCUCUAGAGACGCUUCCAAAUGAGGUUCUUACCCAUAUUCUGUCGCAUCUGCCGCCCCAGUCUCUCUCGGCUAUCACGCUGGUAUCUCGCCGAUUCCAUGCGCUGGUCACGACUCCUCAUGCCUGGAGAAUCGCAUUCUCUCGGUUCUUCCCGGGUCCCCAAGCUUUAGAGCAUGGGCGACGGACUCCGACCGACCCCGAGGACUUGAUGUCUGACCGACGGUUCUUUGCCAGACUCACUGCGCUGGCAUCGUGGCGCAGCGAGUACAUUCUUCGUACUCGUUUGAUGCGGUCGUUAUCUCGAGGCAAACCAGCUCAAUUUCAACCUAGCAAAAGACAGGGUGCUGUACGCUCGGCAACCUCUCGCAAUGGCAGUGCCGUAGCAACAUACACCUCGCAACUCUUGUUCCCAGUGAGCCAUAUUCAUGGAUCAUUCAACAACGCGGAGAAAGAACCCACUUUUAUUCAUGGCGCCUCGGAACAGGGAGUUGCCUCCGCUAGUGACCCGUCGGCUGUCAAGGUGACCACCUGGGGUAUUUCAGACCACCAGAUGUUCCGGCACUUUGCGGACAGUUUCCCUGGUGAUGCACCAUAUGGCCUCGGGGCUGGUGAUAUGGUUGGUGUUCCCAACUCUAUGGAUGUAAGCCAGCCGUACGGUAUGAUCUAUGGCGAGGGAUGCCCACAGGGCCGCAGCUACUUCAUUUCAACCUCGGAGCAGCGUGGCCGCUUCCUGGGUCAAUCGGAGCUAGGGUCUCACCCCAAGUUGGGAAUCCCCGCUGUGAACAUGAUUACCCACGCUGUUUGUUCAGUUUGGAUUGCCAAGUCACCUUCUAUUCUCAAGGCGACAGGUGGUCUCAUUGCCAUGAUGACUGGUUCGUCCUCGGGUAUCCUUUCUGCAUAUGCCAUGGGCCCACACCCUACAUAUGAGAAGCGGUAUGAGCGUGGCCAGGUGACUGCCAAGUGGGUUCUCAGCCCCGGUGUGCCUAUCAUUGGUAUCGCUGUGGACGAUGGGUAUUCAACCAAACGUCAUGGUCAGCGACGAAUCUGGGCGGUUGCUCUCAAUGCUCUUGGCGAAAUAUUUUAUCUGACGGAUCUGCCCAAACAGCCAGAGGUUCCAUCCACAGCUAAGCUGAACGCGGAGCAAUUCGAUGAACUCGCGUGGAAGACUGGCAGAACCGUUCGCUGGGAGCUCGUUGAAAUGAGCCGGCGUACUGCACGCCCGGACCCUUUCAAUCGAGAUCCAGUUGAUGGCAGCUAUAGCCCGCGCUCUUCGUCGGAUUCGAUGCUCCUAGAAGAGAGCCAAAUUGCUGCGGAGACUAAAGAAAUCGAGAAGUUCCUCUCCUUUAAACCGAAGCAUUUCCGCAAGGUCUGCGAGGGGUGGAACAUGCGCUGCGAUCUUCAGGUCGACUUUGCUGGGGAUGAUGGAAGUGGCUACGGUGAAUCGGUUGUAGUAAUUGCCCGUGGCGAAGCUGAGAUCGAGAAGGCUUCCGUUCGGCGAUUUGUUCGCGUUGCAUCGAAGACCGAUGUCAAAUCGUCGCCAUCAACACCCGGUGGUUCUGCUCGCGUCCGGGACCAAGUCCCUACGUCCCUCUUUGGCGGCCCUGUGACUUCCUCAAGUUCGACACCUACGCAAAGCUUCCCGCCAUCUCGAGCCUCGAGCCGGUUUAGCGAAUCACUGCGUGCAGUGAGCACUGAAUGGCGCAUCUCGGAUUUCACAUUCGGCGACCGAAAGUUGGUGGAAGUCACGACCACUGCGAUUGAUAAUUCAAUGUUUGCGACUGUCACUGCGCAGGAGGAUCCGCUGCUGUCAAUGUCCGGAAGCUCUUUCUCCUCCGCCACGUCCUCGCCAAUGCUACCGCAUAUGGAACAACCGCACUCGACUCUCGAGGUUCCCGGUCAACGUGCACGUUAUCUGGCAGUGGGAACCUCUACGGGUGGAGUCUUUGUCUGGGACAUUCGUGCUUCCCCAGCACAGAAUUCGGAUGUCAUCAACUCGAUCUCCCCGCUACGUUUCAUUCAAACAGAGUCCCCACAAGUUUCAUGCGUGGCACUGACAUCGUUGUACCUCGUUCAUGGCGGUAACGAUGGUCUGGUGCAAGCUUGGGAUCCCCUAGCUUCAUCAACACGGCCGAUCCGUACAAUCAACUCGCGCUUCUCUUCUCGUGCGCGACGUCGAUUGGUACAGGCAGAAGCUUCCAUGCUUGGGGUUGGAAGUAAUUACUUUGCGACUGGAGCCAUUUGUCUGGAUCCGGAUCCGACGGUUCUCCGGGGAAUGGUCUCGCUGGGUACCCAUCUCCGCUAUUGGUCGUACAGUUCCUCGGCUGCAGAUCAAUACAAGUGUAGCAAACGCCGCCUUCGCCGUUCUCUGCGGGGCAGUAACGGUGCUGCCGAGGGCCAACGCUUCACCACCAGCGGACGUGGCGCUAUUCGUGACUUUAUCGAGGAUGAGCGCAUCGAGCUAAAGCGACAAGAGGUUGAAAACGCAAAGGAAAGGGCGCAUCUGAGUGCUCGGUUCGGUGUCGACCUUCUCGGUCCCGAUAUCGACGAAGAGCAGCUUUUGCUAUACGCACAGCUCCUGAGCGAAGAAGCCUAUACUGCGGGUGUGGACGCAGCCAAGCGCGACGGAGCUGAUCAGACAGCCAUCGCCAGCUCUGCCACCAGCACCUCCGUGAGCGAUGCCAUCGGGCCAAGUUCCUUCGGUCUAGCCGAAGUGUCGUCAUCAUCUUCCCCUUACCAAGAUCCGGUAGAGGAGAGCAUCGAUGAUGACCUCGCCGAAGCAAUUCGCCUAAGCCUGCUUGAUGAGAAGACAUCAAUCCCACCAGAGGAUCUGACACCGUCCAUUCCCAUCAAGUAUGCAAAGGGAGUGCGUCGACCUCGACAGUCAUCACCUGGCCACAACUCAGGUCCUGAGCGUAGUCAGCAACGGGAAAUGGAUGACCUGGAAUUCGCCAUCCAGCUCAGUCUGGCGGAGGACAAGAGUCGUGGCGAUGUGACUGUCGAGGAAUGGGAGGAAUUCCCGGCUCUGGCAUCAGCACCACUCUCGUCUUCCCAGUCCUCUGGCAAGGGGAAGGGAAAGGCGCGGGCUUGGUAG